GGGCAUUUCCUGUCCGCCGAGCUGCAUGCUGAGCUGUGGGCCUGAGGAAGGGCCUGGUUUUUCUGUGUUUUGUGCUGUUACUUACUGACAGGAGUUGGGAGAAGAAGUAGGAUAAGUAGGAAUCUACAUAAUGGAUGCAGUGACCUAUGAGGAUGUGCAUGUGAACUUCACUCACGAAGAGUGGGCUUUGCUGGAUCCUUCCCAGAAGAGUCUUUACAAAGAUGUGAUGCUGGAAACUUACUGGAACCUCACUUUUGUAGGCUAUACAUGGAAAGAGUGCAAUACUGAACAUUGUCAAAGUUUUGGAAGACAAAGAAGGCAUAUCAUUUGUCACUCUGGAUACAAGCUAUAUGAGCAGAAAAGAGAUGGAAAGAAGCAAUGUACCUUUGCAUCUCCCAGAUCAAGGAGAAGAUACGUGGUAGUCCCCCCUAUGAGAGGACAUGAUGACUGUGAUACAAGUUUACAAUUAAUUGGUUUUCCAACUCUCGUGGGAAUAGUUCAACAAACUCACAGUGCAGAAGGAACUCAUGAAAACAGGGAAUAUGGAAAUUCAUCUGCCUGUCCUUGUUCACUUUGCACAUUUAAUAUAUCUCACCCUAUAGGAAAAAUUUGUAGCAGUAAUCAGUGUGGUAAAGCUGUGAGUUCUUUUUUCUUUCAAAAAUGUGAGAACACUCAUUUGGAAAAAGAAAGUUUUAUGUAUGAGCCAUGUGAUAAAGGCUUUAGCUCUCGCAGGAAUCUUGAAACAUAUAAAACAACCAAUGAUAAAGACGAUCUCAAUGAAUGUAAUCAAUGUGAUAAAGCCUUUAGAUCAGAUUCCUCUUUGCAAUUACUCCAAAGAAGUCAUUUGCAAAUAAAACCCUAUGAAUAUCAAGGUGAUAAAGCUGCUGCUCACCAUAGUCUUCAAGAACCUCGAUCUCAUACUAGAAAGAAAAGGUAUGAAUAUCUUCAAUGUGUUAAAACCUUUACACGUUCCAGUUAUCCUCAAAUACAUGAACAAAUUAAGACAGAAGAGAAACCUUUUAAAUGUUAUGAAUGUGGUAAAGUCUUUGCACAGAGCAGCCUGCUUCAGAAGCAUGAAAGAAUUCACACUGGAGAGAAACCCUGUGAAUGUAAUCAAUGUGGUAAAGUUUUUUCAUGUAAUGCUUAUCUUAAAAUACAUAAAAGAAUUCACACUGGAGAGAAGCCCAGUGAGUGUAAUCAAUGUGGUAAAGUCUUUUCAUGUAAUGCUUAUCUUAAAAUACAUAAAAGAAUUCAUACUGGAGAGAAACCCUAUGAAUGUAAUCAAUGUGGUAAAGUCUUUUCAUGUAAUGCUUAUCUUAAAAUACAUAAAAGAAUUCAUACUGGAGAGAAACCCUAUGAAUGUAAUCAAUGUGGUAAAGUCUUUUCAUAUAAUGGUAAUCUUAAAAUACAUAAAAGAAUUCACACUGGAGAGAAACCUUAUGAAUGUAAUCAAUGUGGUAAAGUCUUUUCAUGUAAUGGUAAUCUUAAAAUGCAUAAAAGAAUUCACACUGGAGAGAAACCCUAUGAAUGUAAUCAAUGUGGUAAAGUCUUUUCUUGUAAUGGUUAUCUUAAAAUACAUAAAAGAAUUCACACUGGAGAGAAACCCUAUAAAUGUAAUCAAUGUGGUAAAGUCUUUUCAUGUAAUAGUUACCUUAAAAUCCAUAAAAGAAUUCACACUGGAGAGAAACCCUAUAAAUGUGAUCAUUGUGGUAGGGCCUUUGCAUAUAAAAGUGUUCUUCAAAAUCAUGAAAGAAGCCAUACUGGAGAGAAACCCUAUCAAUGUAAUCAAUGUGGUAAAGCCUUUGCACGAAAUGGUGAUCUUCAAAUGCAUGAAAAAACUCAUACUGGAGAGAAACCAUAUAAAUGUAAUCAGUGUGCUAAAACCUUCACACGUAACAGUGAUCGUCAAAUUCAUGAAAGAAAUCAUACUGGAGAAAAACCUUAUGAGUGUAAUCAAUGUGGUAAAGCUUUUGUAAGUAACAGUAAACUUCAAAAACAUAAAAGAAGUCAUACUGGAAAGAAACCGUAUGAAUGUAAUCAAUGUGGUAAAGCCUUUGUACGUAACAGUAAUCUUCAAAAACAUAAAAGAAGUCAUACUGGAGAGGAACUGUAUGCAUGUAGUCAAUGUGGUAAAGCUUUUGUAUACAAGAAUUAUCUUCAAAUGCAUGAAAGAAGUCAUACUGAUGAGAAACCUUUUCAAUGUCAUCAAUGUGGUAAGGACUUUACAUGUAAGACUAAUUUUCAAAAACAUAAAAGAAUCCAUACUGCAGAGAAACGUUAUGAAUGUGUUCAGUGUGGCAAAGCCUUUCUAAGUAACAGUAAACUUCAGAAACAUAAAAGAAGCCAUACUGGAGAGAAACCUUAUGCAUGUAAUCAAUGUGGUAAAGCCUUUGCACAGAACAGUAAUCUUCAGAGGCAUGAAAGAACUCACACUGGAGAGAAACCCUAUGCAUGUAGUCAAUGUGGAAAAGCCUUUACACAGAAGAGUCAUCUUCAAGAGCAUGAUAGAAUUCAUACUGGAGAGAAACCCUAUGAAUGUAAUCUCUGUGGUGAAGCUUUUGCAUAUAAAAAUGUUCUUCAUAGGCAUAAAAGAAGCCAUACUGGGGAGUAACCCUAUGAAUGUAAUCAAUGUGCUACAUAAUUUGCUCAGAACAGUGUUCUUUGGAAGCAUGAAAGAAUUUAUAGUGGAGAGAAAUCCUAUGAAAGUAAUCAGUGUGGUAAAGCCUUUACAUGUAACUGUGAUCUUCAGAUGUGUGAAAUAAGUCAUACUGGAGAGAAACUGUAAAUGUAAUUAAUGUGGGAAAGCCUUUGCACAAAACAGUCAUCUUUAGAGGCAUGAGUUAUGGUCAUCUUAGAAACCACAUGUAUGUAAUGAAUACUAUAAAGCCUUUUCACAGAAGAGUUAUCUUUUUAGUUAUGAAAGAAAUACUGAACAAAAACUCUAUGAACAUAAUGUCAUAAAUAAAAUUUAGCAACUUAAAA